AUGCCUCAACAACUUCAACAUUUGCGUCAUGUUCAAGAGCAAGAUGUUAUUCAGCAACAAAGAGCAAGACUUUAUCAACAAAUGAUGAUGUACCAACAGCAAUCAACUAAUUUGAAUAAUGAUUCAGUUGACUACAUUCAAUCUUAUCAAAAUGAAGAAAAGCCAAUUAGCAAAGCACAAAAAAGGGCUGAGCAUAAUGCCAUUGAACGUGCUCGUCGUGAAUCCCUUAAUACUAAAUUUCAACAACUUGCUCAUUCUUUACCAAACUUACAAAAUGAUCGUCGUCCUUCUAAAGGAACCAUUAUUGAACGUACUCUUGAAUAUGUAAGACAGACGGUACAGAAAGAAGAAAAUCUUAAAAAUGAAAUUGAUAGGCUUCGUCAAGCAAAUGAAGAAUUAAUAUCAAAGAUGACAAGUCAACAUUUUAAUCACUAUGAAGAAGACAAUGAUGACAAAAUCUCAACAACACCUGAAUGUGAUGAUAAUUUCAAACCUUCUCCGUUUCUUAUGAACAAAGGUAUGAUAUACCAUACAUAA